AAGUAGGCCUGUUGAGUUUGUGGUCUAUUGAUGCAACCCACAAUCUGUGGAGGAUCUUUGUGAGUGCAAGGACAUAUCUGGAGAUUGGAGAGAGGCUUGCACCAACUCUUCCAUUAGCCAAACAUGUCUUCCAUUGAUCCCUACCAGUACAUUAUUGUGGAGCAGCAGUUCUCUCACAAAUUCAGAGUGACGGUGACGCGAGCUAGCAAUGUCACUAAGGGAGCGCUAGGUGACUUGUUGGACACUCCAGACCCCUAUGUGGAGUUGUUCAUCCCCACCGCCCCUGAGAGCAGAAAACGAACGCGGCACAUAGAUAACAACAUCAACCCAGAAUGGAACGAGACCUUCAACUUCAUACUGGAUCCAAACCAGGAGAAUGUUCUGGAGAUAAUUUUAAUGGAUGCCAAUUACGUGAUGGACGAGAAACUUGGAACUACAUCGUAUAACAUCUCCAAGAUGUUGAAAACCGGACAGACGGUGACAGUGGGUUUCCUUAUCGGCAAAGCUACCAAUGUGUACUUAGAGAUGGCUCUGGAGGUGUGUACGAACAUGGAUCUGCGAUUCAGCCUGGCACUGUGUGACAAGGAGAAACUGUUCAGACAGGCUCGCAGAGAGAGGGUAAUGCUGGGCAUCAAGAAGCUGCUGGACAUGGAGAAGCCUUGCUUCCUCCCAAGCACCCCUCAGGAGGUGCCGGUAAUAGCUAUCGUGGGUUCAGGGGGAGGCUUUAGGGCCAUGGUGGGCUUCUCUGGGGUAAUGAAGGCCUUGUAUGAGUCUGGGGUCCUGGACUGUGCCACUUACAUUGCUGGUCUCUCUGGAUCCACCUGGUACAUGUCGACCCUGUUCUCCCACCCAGAGUUCCCUGCUAAGGGUCCUAAGGAUAUCAACGCAGAGCUUAUGAAGAGUGUGAGCAGUAACCCUCUGAGACUGCUUUUGCCCCAGCACAUCACCAAUUACAUCCAUGCUCUGUGGAGCAAGAAGGCCAAAGGACAGCCUGUCACCUUCACAGAUAUAUUCGGCAUGCUUAUUGGCGAGACCCUCAUCCCUGCGAGAAUGGACACAAAGCUGAGUGAGCUGCAGGAAAAGGUGAAUGAGGCCCAGUGUCCUCUCCCACUGUUCACCUGUCUGCACGUCAAACCAAAUGUGUCCGAGCUCAUGUUCGCAGACUGGGUGGAGUUCAGCCCUUAUGAGAUUGGAAUGGCAAAGUAUGGAACGUUCAUGACCCCUGACCUUUUUGGAAGCAAGUUCUUCAUGGGAACUGCUGUAAAGAAGUAUGACGAGAACCCACUACAUUUCCUUAUGGGGGUGUGGGGAAGUGCCUUUUCCAUCUUAUUCAACAGAGUUAUAGGGGUCAAAGACACAGUUGGGGGAAGUACCAUGGAGGAGGAGCUUGAAAAUAUAAAACCUCAACAAAUCGUGGGUGAGGACAGUCUGGACAAUGAUGAGGAACCUCAAAAAGGGGGCAGUGAGAACCCAGAUGAUGAAUACCAACGUACUGCAGAAAAGAGCUGGGUCCAGCGAAUGAUCACCUCCCUCUUUAGUGACUCCGCCCUGUUCAACACGCGAGAGGGGCGGGCCGGGAAGGUCCAUAACUUCAUGCUAGGCCUCAACCUCAACACCAACUUGCCAUUCUCCUCAUUUGGAGAUUUAAUGUACCAGAACUCGUGUGCCUCUGUAGAGGAUGAAGUGGACGCUGUCACAGACCCAGAUGAAUUUGCUGGUAUCUAUGAGCCACUGGACGUGAAGAGUAAGAAAAUCCACAUAGUGGACAGUGGUCUGACCUAUAACCUCCCGUACCCCCUCAUCUUGCGGCCGCAACGUGGCGUUGACCUCAUCAUCUCCUUCGACUUCUCGGCCCGCCCCAGUGACUCCAGCCCACCAUUCAAGGAGCUGCUGCUAGCUGAAAAGUGGGCCCGAAUGAACAAGCUGCCUUUCCCUAAGAUCGACCCAAAAGUGUUUGACCGUGAGGGCCUGAAAGAGUGCUAUGUCUUCAAGCCGAAAAAGGGGGAACGAAAUUGUCCCACUGUCAUCCAUUUUGUCCUGGUUAACAUCAACUUCAGGAUGUUCAAAGCCCCUGGAGUGCCUCGUGAGACAGAAAAGGAGAAGGAGAUGGCUGACUUUGACAUAUUUGAUGACCCUGAGACGCCAUAUUCUACGUUUAACUUCCAUUACUCUAACCAGGCCUUUACACAGCUCCACGACCUCAUGGAGUUCAAUACACUCAACAACAUUGAGGUGAUAAAGGAGGCAAUCAAGGAGAGCAUCAUGUACAGGAAGGAGAAUCCCUCACGCUGCUCAGUGUCCCUUUCACUCAACGAGAUCCAGAACAAAAUGUUUCUGAAGCGGGAGACACGGGGGAAAGCCCGGAAGUGAGAACUGGGAAUGCUGGGAGAAGCACAGUCAACCAAUCCAACAAGACUUUGCAGAUGGCCAUACAUUGGUGUUGAUAUUUUUCUAUUAUUUUUAUAAGAUAAAUUACAUUUUGCAUUUGCAAAACUUAUUUUUUACAUCUAAUAUGAAUGAAGAAGGUUUGGUGUAAACCUGAAGUGAUUGAAUAACCUUGACAGAGACAAUGAUCCCUAACAUUUAGUGGUAUAAAACCUUCAGAGGUCUUAUUAUAGCAGUAAACUAACAUUCCUGUGCCUUCCAUUUUAUGUGACUCAUGUAUAUACUGUGUGUUUUUAUGUAGUGGGGUUUUCCUACAGGACAGUUGUAAACAGUUGAUUUAAAACGUGAUCUCACGGAAACCAUAAAAGUGGGGGGUGUUCUUAAACCAUCUAUUUGUGUUUGUUGAUGUGAAAUACUAAAACGCCAACCAGUGCACCUCUCUCCAUACCUUAAACAUCUCCGUUUUUUAUGAUGGGAAUGUCUUAAAAUCAAACCCACUGUUGUAAAUAACAAAACUCGACACAAUAGAAAUGGCCUCUGUCUUUCUUUGUUUUUUUUGUACCUCUAUUACAUUUGAGUGUUUAUUUUCCUGAGUGUGUUAUUUCAGGCUUCCUCUUAGAUACACUGUAUUACUUUUUACCCAGUAAUUUCCUUCCACCAGGACCCCUCCACAUUGACUGCUUGAAAGGAGUCAAUACAUUUAACCUGAUUUCAGACUUAACCAAACCCCAUCCCUGCCUUUCAGAAAUGGUGGGGUGGGUGUAACCCUGGCAAGAUGUGGAGCGAUGGUAACGUCACUACCUCUUGGCUUCACUUCAUGGCUGUUGUUGACACAGUGGAAUUUUACACACUACACUGCAGUGUCUGAAAAGAAGAAUCUGACACUACUGGUAGACGUAGGGGAUUCCAGCUAACUGUGGAAUUUUACAAAGGACAGAAUGCCCUGCUUGUCAAACAGUGGCCUGAGUAGGCUCAAGUUUCAACCUAGUUUUUAAACACUUUGACAUGUACGUCUGUUCCCUGAGGGAGGAAACGAGGUACAACACUGUAUGGGUUUUCAUUUCAAGUGUUUGUGUGCCGGACAGCUUUUGUCUAGGCCCUUUUAUCAGUGAUUGGUCGACUUUAGUAGUGAUGUGAUUUUAUUCCUUGUUAAAAAAGAUUGUACCCGAUUCACUGAUUCAACGUGAACGCUGAUUAUUGGGUCAAAAUCACUGUUUGAUGUGUCCAAAUAAAAAACAGUUUAUGGAACUUUCAUGAAAACAAUCACCAGUAACUGCAUUCCUUUUCGAAUUUUGAUUUAAUAUGGUGAAUAGAAAUUAAGACAUAACAUCUUGCUAGUUAUAUUCCUGAACAAAUGAUGUUGUUUUAAUAAUUUAUUCUUUAAAGUAAAACCGUUUGCAUCAGUUAUCUUUUUUCUGGCCAGCUUUCCAAGCGAGUCUAUUUCCUGGACCUAACUAAACGCCAGUCACGGCACUAAACCAGGGCUAUAGCCAUGUCACAAAUCUGUGUAUCCCCAGUUAAGCCCCCAAAAGUAUUUUUUAAUGUUUAAAUACAAAUGUGUAAAAGUUAAUAAACAGCCCUCCUACAUAUUGGUCAAGUUCCCCGUCGGCACCAGGAGAGAAAAAAUUGCCUUGUCUGGAUUUGUAUUACGCUGCGUGUGUGCUUGAACAAGAAGGUGUGUACUGUUCUGCUCAGUGCAAUAAAGAGCGAAGAUU